GGGUUUACAUCCCAAGGAGAUAUGUUGGGAUGCGGGUGAUAUUUUACAACAUGAGGGAUUUAUUGCAGACCUUAUUAAUAAGUUUCAUCUUAUUGGCAACAGUAAGAUGUCUAACACCAAAAAUAAAGUUUUCAUGUCCAACAGGAUGGACCAUAGAUGGUGCCAGAUGUUAUAUGAUUCUAGAACAUAAAGUGGAAUGGAUGGAAGCCGAGGACACGUGCAACAGCAUUGGAGGACAUUUAGCGCAUGUCCAAGACAGUGCUGAAAACGAAAAAUUUUCGGAAUGGGCAGCCGCCAAGUCAUUAAAACAUUUCUGGAUUAGAAAUCUCAGAUCUAAUAAUGAUACAUUUGAAGAAGAGAAAUGUGGUGGGAUAUGGGAUUUUAACCAACCACCCCCUGACGUCAUGUUCGGGCAUUGUGUAGCUGCCAAUGAAAGAAUGAGAUGGGAAGUUAAAAACUGUCGAGAGAGUUUACCGUUUAUCUGUCAGGCCCCAGCAUGUAUUACAGAUGGUUUCAGAUGUUCUAAUGGUCAGUGUAUCAGUAACAAAUGGGUUUGUGAUGGAGAAAAUGACUGUGAAGACUCUACUGAUGAAAACAACUGUGAUACCAGAUGUAAAUAUCUAAAGACUGGUAUGUCCGGGACUAUAGAAACAACAACUGGGUAUGAAAAUAAUGCCAAUUGUUUAUGGACUAUAUCUGGACCGAUUGGAUAUCAACUGAAACUUACGUUUGAAAGCGUUGAUACAGAAGAUAAACGAGAUGUGGUGGAGGUGUGGACAGGAGCUAGCAGUUUAAAAAACAGUACAAUGAUAGCUACAUUAUCUGGUUCCCAUAGCAACAAGAUCUUCUACACAGCUAACCAUUUAGCUAUAAUCAAACUUACUACAGAUUCAGAUGUUAAAAAAACAGGGUUUAAACUUCAGUGGACGUCAGUGGUACCUGAAUUAAAUACAGAUAUUGUAACGAAAACAGCAAGUGCCACAUGGCAAGCACUUAUGUCGCCAUUUUACCCUAUGUCACCCAGAUGGUUCCGAAGAGACUGGUUAAUAGAGGCUGAUACAGGGGAGGCGAUUUCUAUUGCAGUGAGAAACUAUAAACUGAUGGGCAUGUGGCGGUUGACAUUAUACGAUGGUAAAACUGUAGAGAAGAAAAUGCUUGAAAUUUCUGGUGCCGACCAUGAUGAUAUCCUGAAACCACCAAUUUAUAUCAGCCAUUCAAAUUAUGUGAGAGUUGUCAUGUGGGCUGAUGACGCCAGAGGAGAAGGUUUCAAUGUCGAAUUUAAGAAGGGUUGUAGUUUUAACAUCCAAGAUGUCGACGGUUAUAUAACAUCUCCUGGAUUUAUUAAUAACAUGUAUCCACCGUCCAUUAACUGUGAUUGGACAAUUGUUCCCAAUAUAACACCCAAGCAACCAAUCACAGUAGAGUUUGAACAAUUUUCGUUGGCGGAUACUACAGAUGCACUUAUGGUAAAUUGUAUUAGAUUGUAUUGA